AUGGCCACGGUUGAGAAUGCAAGGGAGCUCGAGGAGCAAAUUUCGCAAGUCGAAUACGAUUGCCUGAAGAAGGUUUUUCAUUACAUCGAUGCACGAAAGGAUUCCAGAUUGGACGCCUCAGAAAUCUCAGAAGUCCUCUUCAAACUGGGCUAUAAAAGUACGGCGAGGGAGAUCGACUUGAUGAUUUGGGAAGUUGACGAUGACCUGGACCAUCACGUCUCGUGGGAAGAAUUUCUCGUCAUGUAGUAUCUACUUAACUGCAUACCCAAUUACCUUCUAUCUACCGCCCUUCUAAUAUCUAGGGUAGGAGUAGGCUCGAACUUCGACGUUCGUCGAGUGUGUUAGUUUUCUGAGCCUUGCGCAUAGAUUCAACUAGCUUCAAGUACGAGGUAAAGACGUUUUCAGUCCUCAAAGGUACCAGCGCUGCAUAUCGGACAAGACGGGACUGGAGCCGCGAAAUUUGUUCAACUUGGUGCAAUUUCUGAUGUACGACAAGGACUGUUUGGGCAGCAUCAGUGUGGAGCAAACGUUGCAGAUCUUGUUUGUGCGCUUUGGACGAGAAAAGCUCGAUGCAGAGAUACAGGAGAUCUUCGGAGACGAGCAAAGAGGCGCGGAUGGCCAAGAAAAGCGGAUUACUUUUUCCGAAUACCUCCAGCGAGUGAACGCGAGACUACUGAAGAAGCGCUCUGCCAAACCGGAGGUGACAAAAGUGCAGAUCAUCACGAAAGAUCAGAAAAAUUCUGUAAAGAAGUUUGUGCCUGCACUCUUUCGAUAGGUACGUAUCUAUGUGAGUUGAUUUGAGGAAAGGGAAUGAACUAGACGAGAAAAUGAGUAUACUUAGGUUAGGAUUAGGGUCAACGAACACGUCGACGUAUUAUACCAUAGGUAGCACGACAAUUAUAUAGGUCAGAGUUAUCAACCACCAAUGAACAAAAACAAUUGAAUUCAGGCACAUGCACAGCAAUUGAUAUUCGACAUUGAGUAGAUUGUGAUUAGAGCAGGCUUUGCUCAUCGAGUAGAUUUAAUAUCCAUAAGCACUAGAGUGUCAUUUCGUUUGCAAAAAGGGCUCGAUCCGCAAAGUUCGGGACAGACAAACACUACACCUAGUAGGAGUAUGGAGAAGGGCUCAAGCACAGUGGUAGAUGUUCCCUAGAACAAUUGCUCCUGCAAAUGAUUUCUAUUUAAGUAGUAGGACCCGCUGCAACGCCUCGAUCCAGGAUGGAAAUACAUACAAAUGCUGACAUAGAGGUGAAGUACGUGUAAGAGGAUCAUGGGAAGGUUAGGGCUUGUGCUGUCUUCUAGGGCUUAGCUAGUAAUGUCUCCCUCUCUACUGAGUGGACAAACGAAUGAUGUCAUCUGCCGCUUUCUUCGGCCUGCACAAGGUGUCUCUGGAUUCUGAGUGUGCAGGGUACGCCUUCGUGCUCCAUGCACGAUCGGAC